UGUGAAGUCGUGUCGCCUCUCUGUAACGCCUCUCUCCCCUUCCCCCCUCCAGUGCGGCUGAGGAGAGACCGCCUGUCCCUGAUCGAGGAGUGCUUCGCCGCCUGCCCCACGGCCUACAGGCAGUCCACCGUCCUGCUGGGCCUGGCGGGUCUGCUCCGCGUGGCAGGUGACGAUGAACCCAAAAGGAAGGGCCAGGUGUUGACCCUCCUUGCAGAACAGGCUCUCCAGCGCCAUGACUACAAGGCCUCCUACAUCCACUGCCAGGACCUUAUGGCCACAGGUUACGGUGCGGGGUGGCACGUGUGCUGUCAGUUGGGCCAGUGUGAGGGGUACCAGGACCUGCAGCCCCGCCAGGAGCUCAUGGCCUUCGCCCUCACGCACUGCCCCCCCGCCAGCAUCCAGAGCCUGCUGGCCUCCAGCAGCUCCCUGCAGACACAG